UUCCGUUUUCUCUUCUCUAUAAGUAACAGGAAACAAGGCCGAUGGUGGUACAGGAAUGACUGUUCUCUCUCAACAAACUGUUCACAAUUGAUGAAUAACGUGAAUGACCACCUGUCAUUGAGUGCGUUAAUGUAUGUGAAAUGACUUCACUGGAACUGUUGCUCAGUAACAAUAUUACUAAUAGAUCGCCACAGGUGUCUGGUAAUGCGUGGAAUCGGCCCCAAGACAUUCCUAGACCUUGUAGCUUGCUAUAUUAAAUCACCAUAUCCGGAAUCAGGAAGAGGUCUGUCACUGUCGCUGACUGGAGAUUAAAAAAAAAAACUAGUAGACAAUAGAAUAUUGCCUCUCUCAAUCCAUAAAGUAUGCUCUACGUGCUACUUAAAGGAAGCUAGUUCUGAAAUCGAUGGGUUACCUGAGCAGACAUACAUCAGGCGACUUUCCGCCACCGUGAAUAGAAGAGACAGAAAAAGAGCAGAGACAUCGAUAUAUUUUACAAGAAGAAUCUAGAAAAUGUUAACAAAAAGUAGGUGUAUUGAAUUUUGAGGCCGAUUAGAAUAUUGAACUGCUAGACCUAUAACAUAAUGCCGCAGUUCAGUUUGUAGGUCGUGUACACAAAGCCGUCCUCAAACCCUGUUAAAAUACACGACAAACGCAUUGUAGAUAUUUACACAGGUGAUGUGACCGUAAAAAGAAGCAAAAUAGUGGCGAGGCAAUCCAAGUAUACAAUCUGCGAAACUGCUGUUCAAAAAUGCAAAAAGCAAACUUUUAUUUGCAUGGUGUAAAGCCAAAGAUAUACAGAACGAUUGCAAUGUUGCAAGAGGCACAGGGAUAAAAAAAGAAAAGCACAGUUGAGCAUGUGUAUGGAUAUGUCGCACACUUAAUCGAGUACCUCCCUAUGAGGAAGAAGGGUAUGAUUGUCUUUGCUUGUUUCUGAGGAUCCAUAGCAUUGAAAAGAUACACAGGGAUGUUACACAUGUUAAGAACUGUUUGCAACAAUCAACGCAGUUUUAUUUAAGAUGAGCAGUCACGGGGGCAUGGUGGACACAGCCAACCGUAGAUUUUUCGUCAAUAAAUCUCACUCUUCCAUAGCUAAGUCCGUUGAAUAGAUUUUUAAGGCACAGAGAAAAGAGAUGAAUACAAAGAGUUAACAAGAUAUUCCACCUGCAAUCAACACAACGUGAAGCCUGUUUUUUUUUUCACACUGAUAACAAAACGCCAACUUCUUUUGUAUUGUAACAUUGACCGAACGCAGGAACGGAUGACCAAACAUGAAAGAGACGUGCAUCGAUUUGUAUAGGUUCCUACAGACGAUGAAAAUAAUGGCAUUGUGAAAUAUCUUAACGUUUCCCACUAGAAGCUACAUGGAAUAUCGAAGUAAUGACUGAGAUACCCCGUAGGGUAACUUCGGUCAAGCAGCGUGCAUUCACAGCGACAAAACUCAUCUAACAUGCCAUAUUAAGGAACAUACAGACAGACGGGAAAUAAAUGCGCAAUAAUGAAAUCUCUUCGACAUGUGACUUAACAAAUGACAACGAAGUCACAGCUCAAAGGAAGAUCUUUUUGUCUGAGAAAACACAUUCUACUGUUUCCCCCAAGAAAACACAGCGACAUAUCUCACGAAUAGAGAGCUCAGAGGUCACGUGGUUCAGCUGAAACUUUUCCGGCAUUAUGUCUACUCGACGUCGAUUAAAUAAAUAUCUAAGAAAGUCUUACAUAUUGCCUUUACUGGCGCUAAUAUGUUUGGUGAUAUUAUGGCGUCUGCCGCGUCCAGAUGAAAGAAAUGGAGUAAAAUCCAUUCAAAAACCAGCAGCCAACGCGAGAGAAAACAUUCCGGCACCAACACUAAGAGUGGCGUCACAUCCGGCGACAGAGUCUCCCCCGAGCGACACACUCAAUUUUACUGUGGUUACAGGAGCCAGCGACGGCUACUUCGGCGGUUUACGGAACUUAGUCGGGUCUAUUCAUUUCUGGGAACCGCGGACGAAUAUCGUGGUUUACGACCUCGGUUUGGCCAAUUUUCAAAAACGUUUGAUUUCUCAGUGGUGCUGGACUACUUUAUUGUCAUUUGAUUUCGCUCAAUAUCCGGCGCACGUCAGCGUGUUAAAAGAAUACGCCUGGAAACCAGUGAUAAUGAAAGAUGCCGUUGACAAAUACGGUAAAAUCUUAUGGAUAGACGCAGGAAGCGAUGUCCGUGGGCCGCUGAAAAAAAUCGACAAAUAUUUGAGCCAAGAUGGCCACUUCUUGGUGCAAGGCCAAGACGAAGACAUGACGCUCUUCUCUCAUAACGCCACCUUCAAAUAUUUUUCUUCCAGCAAAGAGGAAUUCCUCAAAAAGCCCUCGUAUUCCGGCAACUUACAAGGAUGGGUGAGAGGAAGCCGUGCUUACAUUGACAUUCUCCUCCCACUGAAAGCGUGCGCUUUAACACCGGAGUGCAUCACGCCGCCUGGGUCCAUGCUCUUCAACCACAGGUACGAUCAGACUGCUUUGAGCAUUUUGGCCUACAAGUCCGGUCUCCCCAUCACGCCACAUACAGAGCUCCUGGCAGCCGAGAGACGGCAGCUUUCAGAGAACUACAGGCAGCCCAGUGACAUGGUGGUCUACACUGCUCGGCAAUAUAGCUCAGACUAUGCCUACUCUUUGUGCACGUUUGGUAGUAAGGGGUGGAAAAUUGUUGAAGCGUUCUUGAGUUUCCUCCGGUGGUUAUUUUCCUGAGGGUGGGCGCGAUUAUAAAGUCCUUUUUAAAAGAUGGAGGGCAAAAUCUUUUUUGUUAUUAUUAUUCUUAU